UCAGAGUGAGAUAAACAUUUGAUUUGUUGAUGGUGUGUUCAAGGCUAAUUGGAACAUCUAAUCAUUGAGCUCAGCUCAUGGAUCGGUGAGAGAAAAGGUGCAUGGAUUUGGAAAGAGAGAGAUUAAUAUGAAAUUAGAAAGAGAUGCUAAAAGGGGGCGAUAGUGGGAGAUGAACAGGGAUUUGGGGCAGCAGAGUAAGAGAGAGUAACUGAAGAAGGGAAGAGGGAGGGAGAGAGCACAAGAUUAAUAAAGGAUUCCAAGAGUGGAGUAAGCAGUGAGUAUGUGUAUGAAAAAGAAGGAGGUUAUUUAUAUUGAAAGAGAGAGGGGAAGGGAAAGGUGUAGCUUGGUUUGAUUCUUGCAGUGAUCAGCGCUGAUAGAGCCCCCGUCAGUAGGAGGAAGUGAGACUUAAAACCCAUGAGAAGACACCCAGAGGCACAGGGACACAGAAGCUCCCAAGCAUAGUAAAAACAAAUACUGAGAAAAGAGAGAAUAUAUGUGCAUCUUUGUUUUAGAUGGAUAUGGAAAAUUAUUAAACAGACUCAUCAGAGAACAACAGGACCCCAGAUCUGGGGACGCUCAACUGAUCAUCUACCUGGGCAACAUCUGCGGUUCCCAUGGAAACCAGCACUAGGAAUUCCUCUCCAGGACCAGUAAGGGUGGAAAACUACUCCUAACGGAGAAAGGAGCACCCCGCUGCCCGGGACACUGUGGCAAAAGAAUGUUUUGGAGAAUCACUCUCACGGUCCUAUUAGUUGGGUUCCUCUGUGUAGGCACAGAGACCAGAAAACCCCGCCCCCAGGGCUCCAUCCCCUCACCUUCCAAGUCCAAAGUAAACCUAUCAGUGAGCCAGCGCCUGUUGCCAUGGAAACCUGAAGUCCUUUCUUCAAGUCGGGAGGCCCUGGUGGUCACAGAGAGCCGCUACCUCCGACGUGACUGGUGCAAGACACAACCACUUCGUCAGACGGUGAGCGAGGAAGGCUGCCGGAGUCGAACGGUGGUCAACCGCUUCUGCUACGGCCAGUGUAACUCCUUCUACAUCCCCCGCCACAUGAGCACUAGCUCAAAUCGAGGACCAGGUUCUGCCCGGAAAAAAAACAACAAGGCAGAGGAGCCCUUCCUGUCCUGUUCCUUCUGCAGGCCACACCGUGUCACCCAGCUCACUGUUCAGCUUGACUGUCCAGGUCUGCAGCCAAACUUUCGCCACCGCAAAGUGCAGCACGUGAAACAGUGUCGCUGCAUGUCGGUGGAUGUAAGUGAUAGCAGGAAACUCUAAGGAAUUAU